UGUCACCUCCAGCCGCCAGGUUCCGGAGCUCACUUACCGCUGCGGACAACCUACUGUCAUCCCAGCACAGACUGCGCCUUUUAAGAGAGGAGGAAAAGUUCCUGCACCGCUUUCUCUGAACAGCUGCAAUCCAGCUGCCUGGGGAGGGGGGUGGGGGGGAGAUUGCCACCUUGUGCCAGCUGCAGGGACCCAUGUGACACCCUGUCAUUCUACCCUCCCAGAAUGUGCCCCUGAGAUCCAGCACCCUUCUAUGGAUGUACCUACCUCCUUGGAGGGUGGCUAUGUCAGAGGGCAUCUCUUUGUGUGUGUGCUUUGCCCAAUAAUUGGAUUAUGACUGCAUGCUGUGCUUCAGAUCCCAUCAGCCUCCGUUUUCUGUCAAGCUGGUCCUUCUUCAUGUGAGGUGUGCCAAGAUUAAGCGUGCUGAUUGUAUGAUUUGAUUUUUGCUGUAAUAAUGUGAGGGUCUCGCACGCCGACCUGGAUACUACGCAAAGUCUUCAGUCACACACCAUAGUUUUGCAUAUUUGCACUUUUACUUGGUUUCUACCAAAAAGGAUUGUUGUUUUUUUCUCUCUAACCAGCCAGAAAAUGAUACCAAGGCGGUCGAUCCGGUAUCUGAACUGUUUGCCUUUACUUGUCCUCUUGCCCUGUUCAGUGGUCCGCGGUGCGUCCGAGACCACCAAUGUGGAAUAUUACAAUGCCGUUGUGAAUGUGACUGCGCAGGAGCCUGGCAGCAAACCUGUACUUGACACUGGGCGCUAUGGGCUGGACUCCCCUGUUACGGAGGCGAAAGGGAUCAUUGUGACACCUGUCAACACCCAAGGAGCUCCAGACAGACAGGGUUGUGACUCGCACAUACGUUUCCCUGUGCCUCCAAACACCAAGCACUGGAUUGCUCUUCUGCAGCGUGGAAACUGUACGUUCAAAGAGAAAAUCCUGAGAGCGGCAUCCCAUAAUGCUACUGCUGUGGUCAUCUAUAACAACAUUUCAAAUGAAGAUACCGUGACCAUGACCCAUCAAGGAACUGGAGAUAUCGUUGCCAUAAUGAUUUCGGAGUCUACGGGUCGAGAAAUUCUGAGUUAUGUGGAAAGAAACAUCUCUGUGCUUAUGGCAAUAGCAGUUGGGUCUCGAAGCCCCGCCAAGAACUUGAGCAGAGGCUCUUUGGUUUUUGUCUCCAUCUCUUUUAUCGUCUUGAUGAUUAUUUCUUCAGCUUGGUUGAUAUUUUACUUCAUACAGAGGAUCAGAUACACAAGUGCUCGAGAUCGGAACCAGAGACGGCUUGGAGAUGCAGCAAAGAAAGCCAUCGGGAAACUUACGACAAGAACGGUCAGAAAAGGAGAUAAGGAAACAGACCCAGAUUUCGAUCAUUGCGCUGUCUGUAUCGAGAGCUACAAGCAGAAUGACAUUGUACGAGUUCUGCCGUGCAAGCAUGUAUUCCACAAGGUGUGCGUGGAUCCGUGGCUCAGCGAACACUGCACCUGUCCUAUGUGCAAGUUAAACAUUUUAAAGGCCUUGGGAAUUGUGACUAAUGUGCCAUGCAGCAAUAAUGUAGCAUUUGAUGUAGAGCGACUCACCAGGAGUCAACCAACUUCACGAGGAACUGCACCAAGCGACACAGUGGAUGAGGGAUCGCUGAUUCUGGAAUCUCUACGCUCUUCUGCGAUAUCACAGCUCCCACAUGAGGGAGAGAUCACUCCAAGGACAGGAGAAAUCAACAUAGCUGUCACAAGUAGUCUAUUUUUUCAUCGAAACUCCCUGUCUCCUCGAAGCUUGGGUUACGAAACAGAGCUCUCCACCAUUGAGCCAUCUCUCGACAUCUAUGAUGAAAACAAGACAUGAGCAGUUUUCUGCAUUAGACAUUAUUUCUGCUGUCCCUCUACCUCUUCCUGAAUUUCCUUACUCCCUCUCCACCCACCCCAUUGUACAUUACCAACUUGUGCUGCCCAUUUUGUGUUGUGUCUCAACUGAAGAGCUGAAAAAUGAAGCACAGUAUCUCAUCCCCUCCUGCUGAAGAAAUGGCAGCUGUAACAUGGACAGGGGACACUCAGGUCUCUUGCUAAUAUGGUGCAUGAUUAAGCACAAAACAGAAGGAGACAGACUGUUACGUUCCCACUUUUACAGUUUCUGCCUGUAUCAGUAUCAGUUCUUUAUAAUAAAAAAAGUGGAACAAUUAUUUUAUGUCACAAUAUACAAGAACCGACUGGAUUUUUGCUGCCAACAGUCCAUAGCAGAGUACAUUUCCAGUUUCUUUGUUGCGGACAGGGAAAGAAAAAUAUAAAAGAAAAAAAUUGUGCAGCUGUUUUUUCUGCUGCUCAAGGGCUGAUCCUCGAAUGCCUUUGGAAAUAUCUCUGAAGUGUGGGAACAGAGAACUGAAUGCUUGCUCCUAGUCACAAUCUUGCUUUCCCAUCUUGGUGGUAUGGUGGUCGUAGCCAUUUAUUGGACGUGAGGGGUGUGGGGACAGUGGGCUUAAUAUUUUUUGGGUUCAUAAAUAUACUUUUCUGGUUGUCUUAAUUGUGGCAAGCAAAUGGUUGAAGAAAUCAUUAAAGGAUCAAAGUACCAGUUCCAGCUUCAAAACAACAAGAAGAAGCCACCAAAAUAUAUGCAGUGGCAAUCUUCUCUAGAUGUUUGUCUUGCUUACAGCAAUGUGUUUCAGCGUUGACUUAGAAUGAACAAAUUAUCUGUUAGAAUCUCAUGAGGUGACAUAUUGUACAAUAAAGACUGUUGAAUAAACCAGGGGCUGUUGGGUUAGACACUUCUGGUUGAAGUGUGACUGCAUUAAACUUUCGAACUUAGUAAACCUUUAGUGAUUGACCACUAUAUUUGGGCUUCUGACCAGUCUCUUAGUUCUGUAAAGCACACUCUUCACAUUACUGCUGUAACGUAUUCAGCUGUUGAUCUUAAAAACAAUAAUGGUCAGAAAAAUAAAUAAAAAAGAAUC